GGACCGAGGAGACACCGGGCGACCUUUCUAGGCUGCAGGAGGUCGAGGAGGGCAACUCGCUGCUCGCCCGGCUAUGGCCCUGCGCAAAGCCCUGAUCCUGGGUGCACUGAUGGGCACCGGGGCUGGCGUGGGAAGCACGCUCUUCGUCCUCGUUACCCCCGGAGAGCAGCGGAAGCAGAGGAUGCUGCAGGAGAUGCCCGAGCAGUCUGCCCAGCACCGGGACGAGACGACCAAGAUCAACGCAAUGGUCCUGGCCACCCUGCAGGAGGCGGCGGCCACGCAGGAGAAUGUGGCCUUUAAGAAGAACUGGCUGGGUGGGAGAUAGCACCCACCUGCCCUGGGCUGCAGAGCCAGAGGCCUAUACCCCCUUUUCCUCCCUGGGCACAGCGUGGAAUCCAGUCCUGAUCUGGGGUGCUGCACAUACCCACAGGACUUUAUCCAGGUGGAGAGGCCGGGGCUGCCACUCUGCGAUCACCCCCCAAAAAGGGUCUGCACUGACUGCACUUUUAGGGUACCUUGGGCCCUAAAAGACUCUCUGAUCUUAAGGAAAGAAGCAAUAAAAUCCUGUUUCUUCUGCUGGAAA